UCUCACACGGGGCUUGAAGAGCCUCACUGCUUAUCUGGUUAUAAUUAUACAGAGGUGACCUGGUUUCAGCACCGCGGCUCGUCAACAGCUCCAGUGAAAACGCGGAGAUUUGGUCAGCCCCUCCCCGCCGGGUGCUUUAGACAGAGCGGGUAGCCAGGGCGCAGCCUCCGCGGCAGUUUCAGCACCAGCAGCCGGAGCGGAGCUGUCCACACAUUCAGCACUUUGCUCCUGGAGGACAAGACUACGGGCAGAAGACACCCAGGAGAUAUCUUCCUCCUGGACGCACCGAGACAACUUAUUUCAGGAUGGCGUCAAAAUACACUGGCCUCUUCAUCCUUUUCCAUCUUCUAGCCCUGAAUGUAGUGAGCCAGAUAUCUGCCUUCCCCACACCUACAGCCUCAUCGGCUGAUAAAACUGUGUACAAUAGACAGCUGACAGAAGAAAAAACACUACAAGAGCAGAUUGCUGAGGUGGACAAUGUGAAGGCUGCAGUACAGUCAGCUGAGAGCCAGCGUCCCACUGGUUCCAAGGACACAGAGUCAGAGCAGGACCGUGAUGACUCCACCGUCCUGAAGUCACUGGCUGACAGCCAGAAAUCAAAGGAGACCACUGAGGUGCCAGUCAAGGCGGAUCAGUAUGUCCCAGAUGAAUCAGACUCUACCAAGAGCCGCCGUCUGGCUGAGGACUACGACUCCACCAAGAACGGGAUGGAUUACGGCAAGUACCAAGAUGACCCAGAGAGCUUCCGUCAGGUGGAUGGCACUCCGCUGACAGCAGAGGAUAUUGUCCAGAAGAUCGCAAACAAAAUUUACGAGGAGGAUGACAGAGGAGUGUUUGACAGGAUUGUUUCCAAGCUGCUCAAACUGGGGCUGAUAACAGAUAGCCAGGCAGACACUCUGGAGUACCAGGUAGCUGAGGCUCUCCAGGAUCUCAUCACCAAAAAUGCAAAGAACAAUGAGGUUGAGGACACUGACAACAAUGACCAAGAAACCAGAGGACAGCAGGAUGACCAGGACUCAGACGCGAAUGUGGAUGCAUGGGAGCAGCCCAGUCGCCGCUACAAUGAUGACGAGGAGGAAGAGGAAGGAUACGCUGAUGAGGUUGAGGAUGAGGUAGACAGGGAUGCAGAGGAAGAUAGGGAUGACACAGCGGACAACAACUGGGACAAAGACACUGAGGAGGGCAAUGAAGUGAGCCCAGAUGACGGGCUCCAGGACCUGCAGUACUUCCCAAACUUUUACCGCCUGCUCAGAAGCCUUAACUCGGAUGAAGACACGCAAGAGAGAGAGACACUGAUUACGAUCAUGAAGACGCUGAUUGACUUCGUGAAGAUGAUGGUGAAGUACGGCACCAUCACACCUGAGGAGGGAGUGUCCUAUCUGGAAAACUUGGAUGCAAUGAUCGCCCUGCAGACCAAGAACAAGCUGGGCAAGUCUCUCGGACCUCCUGACUUCGCUGGAUCCAAUGGAAAACUUUUGGAUGAGGACGACAACACCAAGGCCGAGGCCGCCAAGAUGCAGAAGGAAUACGAAAACCUGAAAGACUCAACCAAGGAGGAGCAGCCCUCAACUGAGACCAAUCAGCCUGGCAAAUCAGAGACCUAUCUGGAAGCCAUCAGGAAGAACAUUGAGUGGCUGAAGAAACACAACAAAGAAGAAGGCAAAGAUGAUUAUGACCUGUCCAAACUGAAGAACUUCAUGGACCAGCAGGUGGACUCCUACAUUGAGAAGGGCAUCAUCGCCAAGGGCGAAGGUGACACCAUCAAGAGGAUCUACAGCAGCCUGUAACGCCAUCAUCCAUCAUCCAUCCUCCAGCCAAACUCUGGCCUAAAACACAGGACUGAAUCUGACACUAAGAUCUAUAACAGAACCCUAAUUUUCUUUGUUAUUUCCCAUGGCAUGGUAAAGUAUAUACUAUGUAUUCCAAACUACCUGCUUAGAGGAACCCUUUUAAUCUCCCAUAUGUCCCCCAAACAUAUCAAGAGAAGGGAUUUAACAACACUAUCAACAAAACAGUAAAAUCAUUCCUAACUGAUCAUAUUUGCACGUCAAGAUUACAGAGUAAUACAAUAUUAUUGAGAGAAUUUUAUGUAACUGACUGAUACAUCCAACUAAAUAAUAGCAUUUACUCCAUCUUCACCCUUGUGGGAAAUUAAUGUUAUGCGAGUAUGAUGCUGUAGCUUUGUCAUCAACUACUGUUUUCAGUAAGUUUUUUGCAACAAUUUACACAUAUAUCAAAUUGUACUCAUUAUGUGUAACCUGUCCUAGCCUAUUAUAUUUCUUUUUCCGGUGUUUAUGUAAGAUCUUAAUGUAUUCCUGCUUUUCAUUUUACCAAAAAUAUAUUUGUUGUGUAUCAUGUCAGUGCCCUCGGUAUUCCUUUUGUUCUGUUCUUCUGUAAUUCUCCUGGGGCCCACUAGGGGGCGAUGAAUGAAUAAUUUUUCUCUGCACAUCUCUGUGAGUUAAACCUCUCAUCUCUUUAGAGACACAA